AAGACAUUUGGUCAGAUGCUCGCUGAUGGCUAGGUAAUCUCUGCCUGGAAGCUUAUUCCAUCCGAGCCCCGCUAUCUGCUCAGCUUCAGGCCAGACACAGACUCCACAAUGUUUUAUUUCCACUGUCCACCGCAGUUAGAUGGGGAGUGUUGCCGGACGAAUUCGUUGAAUUCCGGCGGGUUUGGCGCACACAGUACCAGCGAUUUUGACGACGGUUUUCUACGCCGAAAGCAACGCCGGAACAGGACAACAUUUACCCUUCAGCAGUUAGAAGCUUUAGAAGCCGUUUUUGCACAGACGCAUUACCCAGACGUAUUCACCAGGGAAGAGCUCGCAAUGAAGAUAAAUCUCACUGAAGCAAGAGUUCAGGUUUGGUUCCAAAACCGAAGGGCGAAAUGGAGGAAAACAGAGAGGGGCAAUUCCGAUCAAGAAGCUGGGAAGGAGAUUGCAGCCGAAGGUUCGCCUCCCAUGAGAAACCUAAAUUCCCCCUCUCCCAUGGAGCCGACUCGGGGCAAAAAGGAAUCGUUAGAAAUGCAACAGAACCUCGGCAGGACGGUAGGUCCUUCGGCCCCUUUCUUCCCCUCCUGCUUGCCCACGACUCUGCUCAAUACGGCCACUUACGCCCAAGCUCUGACUCAAGUUGCAACGCUGAAGGGAAAUUCCCUAUGUUCCUGCUGUGUGCCAGACCCAAUGGGUCUCUCCUUUUUGCCCCCCUAUGGUUGCCAGAGCAAUCGAACAGCUAGUGUAGCUGCAUUGCGCAUGAAAGCACGUGAACACUCUGAGGCAGUGCUCCAGUCAGCCAACCUGCUUCCAACAGCUAACAACAGCCCUGCUGUUGGAUCGAAACCCUCCUUGGAUACUGACCAGGAGAAGGCCAGCCAUCCCAAAGAGAAGAUUGAGGCUGAACGGAACUUAUGAGGGGAAGGAGAGAGAACCGUAACUGUAGAGAUAACACUUAAGAUCACUUUAUGGCAUCACUGUGAAUAUUCUCACAGCUGUAAAGAUAUUGGAUCCACCAUAUGAUCAAGACAUGACACCAUCUGUACAAAAACAAAGACGCUCUUACCUGGGUCAAAGCCAAAAAGAUGUAUAUAAAUGAAUUCUGGAUCUUUUGCAAUGCAGCGGUUGCCUUCCUUUUUUUCUUUUAACCAUGUUUAUUCCACUCUUGACUACAUGGGAAGAUUAUCACAUGCUAGAAUUGCCUUGCACUAAAACUGUGCAGCAGGUAUUUAAGGAGAAAAUGCAUGAGAUCAACAAACCCACUUCCUCAGAC